AUGAAGACCAUCGUAUUUCUUAUGUUCCUAGGAAUUGCUGGGGCUUUACCCAUAAGUGAUGAUGACUCGGAUGACAAGAUUGUUGGGGGCUACGUCUGUGCCAAGAACGCGGUUCCCUACCAGGUGUCCCUACAAGUCGGCUCCCACGUGUGCGGGGGCUCCCUCAUCAGGCGCCAGUGGGUGCUGUCCGCCGCCCACUGCUACAAACCGAGCUUCCAGGUGAAACUGGGUAAACACAACCUCGCAGUCUCUGAGAGGACUGAACAGAUCAUCAACUCGGUGAAGGUCAUCAAGCACCCCGGUUACAAUCCUAAAACCUUGAAGCACGACAUCAUGCUGAUUAAGCUGGCCAGGCCUGCCAUCCUCAACAGGAGCGUGAGAACCAUUGCCCUGCCCAGGGCCUGCCCCGUGAGCGGAACGUGGUGCCUGCUCUCCGGCUGGGGCAAUGAGGACAGGGCUGGAUCCAAGAGCUCUAAUGUCCUGCGAUGCCUGUCUGCCCCGGUGUUGCAGCCCCAGACUUGCCACUGGGUCUACCCUGGCCAGAUCUACAGCAGCAGCAUGUGCCUGGGCUUCCUCCAUGGCGGGAAGGACACCUGCAAGGGUGACUCGGGGGGGGGCGUGGCCUGCAAGGGAGCCGUGCACGGCAUUGUUUCCUGGGGUGCAGGCUGUGCCCAGAAAGGCAAACCUGGCGUCUAUACCAAAGUCUGCAAGUACCUCAAGUGGAUCCGCAGGACCAUGGCGGCCAACAGACGCAGCUAA